GGGCAGAGCAUCCUCACGUGGGCCGGUAGGGCUGCCUGCGCCCGGAAGAAGCGCGCUGAGUCGGGGAGCGAGCGCGGGAGCCGCGGUCGGAGCGCAGCAGCACCGCCACAUAACUCGCUAAGCACAGGUCACCGAGAGAGGGGACCGACCCCGGCCGAGCGGCCCGCGGGACGCUGAGCUGGGCGCCUGGAUGAGCCGGGCACGGGAGCGCUGUCCAGGGCGCCUGCACACCCCGGUAAGCGUGCGCCCUCCGCCGCCAGGGACCAAUGCCCUUGACCAUGAUGUACCCCCAACUGCUAUGUGCUCAGGUGCAGCCUGCGUGACCAAGCCACCACUGCUUCAACUUUUCGUGUCACUGUUCCCUUCACUGAAUAGUUUGAUGGGGCGUCGGUCGGAUGACAGCGGGAACGGUUGUGAUCACUGGCGGAAUUCUAGCUACUGUCAUCCUCCUCUGCAUCAUCGCUGUCCUGUGCUACUGUAGGCUCCAGUAUUACUGCUGCAAGAAGAGCACAGACAACGAGGAUGCAGAUGAAGAAGAGGAAGAGGAGGAACACGACCUUUCCACCCAUCCUAGAGGCCCCACCUGCAAUGCCUGCAGCUCCCAAGCCCUGGGCGGCAGAGGCAGCCUGGUGCCUCUCACCAGCGAGCCCUGCAGCCAGCCAUGUGGGGUGGUGGCCAGCCACUGCACCACUUGCUCCCCAUACCGCUCCCCAUUUUACAUACGGACAGCUGACAUGGUGCCCAAUGGGGGUGGAGGCGAGAGGCUCUCCUUUGCCCCUACAUACUACAAAGAGGGGGGAACCCCAUCCCUCAAAUUGGCAGCACCCCAGAGUUACCCGGUGACCUGGCCAGGUUCUGGGCGUGAGGCCUUCACCAAUCCAAGGGCUAUUAGUACAGAUGUUUAAUUCUUUUGCCCCCAACCUGCACACACACACACCCCUAUAUGGCUGCCCCGGGAGGAGGAAUGGAACACUAGAGGGGGGCCUCCGACAGCCCCACAAGGACUAUCUCAGUUUCUCUGGCUUUCCUUGCUCCAUAGCAGAGGGUUCACUGGGAUCUGAGCUGUUGAAUGCAUUGAGGACCAGGACAGGACCUGGAUCCAACCCCAUGACUGAGGUGAGGAUCUCAUAGGUUGAGUUUAUGGCUUCCCCAGUUAAUCUGUUGAGACCUCCCUCUGACAACCCAGCUCUACCACAGCCCUUCCAGUAACCCCAAACUCCUCGCUUUGCUGGGCUGUGCAAAAGAGUUUCAGGGAAGUCUAAACAAAGGCUCUGGAGUUUCCAAAAUCCUUGGAAAAUGAAGUGGGCAUGCCUAGAAGAAAUUGGGACGAAGGGCAAAGAGAGAAAUGAGGACCAGACAAUUUGAGGAGAGGAAGAAAUGUUAAAGGUCUUAUUUGCUGAAAUGGUCCCAAGAGCUAAUUUACACUCUACUUUUUUACUUUGGUUAUCAUAGAUAGUGUGGUUCCUGGCUGCUGUGAUAGGUGCCCUUCCUCAUGGCACGCAUCAACAGACUCUGAGGCCAUGGCAUACAGGGACUGCAGCAAGAAGUGGCUAUAUAACCUUAUCUCCCCAAGUCCUCUUUGCCUCAGGAACCAGAUGCCCCCUGCUGGAGAAGCUUUUCCAGAUUUUGUCACUAAAGUUCUAGAAGCCUAGGGAACAAACCUCACUGACUGUCCCUGUUUCCGCGUGCUCAGCUACAAAUGUGGAUUUAGCCCUGUGAGGGUGUGUGUGUUCCCAUUUCCAGGUGUGUGCACACUCACAUGCAGAGGUCACCACCACCAGCAGCUGAGUGGCUUUGUCUCCUUCUGGGGUUGCAGAGAGGGAGGGUCCAAGGUUAACAAGAAAGAAAAAAUUGGCCCUCCAAUUAAAGAAGUCAAUCUCCAUGGCAACCAGAAGGCUUGUACAGGAGGGACCUGGGGCAAUACUAGAGCAGUUGAAGUUCCACACACCUGUACAAGCAACUACAGAGGUUGGGUAUACAACUUUUGAGCAUCCACCUGUGGUGCAGCACCAUGAAGCAGGACUGUAUCUCAGCAGAAGCCAUAGCCUUCAUCCCCGAGUUUUGGAGGGCUCCUGAAGAUUGGAUGUGUCUUAGCCAUUAAAUUUCAUUCUUGCUGCUGCCCUUCAACCACCCAUUUCCCCAAUCAUGGGAUGAGCUGUUUUGCUGUCCUACUCUAGCCCCAAGUCCAAGUCCCACUUCCUGCUUACACUUAGCAGUGACCUUAUGUUUUGUUUUGGUUUGGUUUUUAGUAAGUAUGCCUGAUAAGUUUUCCAGUUACCUCUGUGGUUAAAAGGUAGCUGCC